AACGAUUGCACUGGUGAACAUUCAAAUCAUCAGAAACCGCAAUCAUGGGUAUCUCUCGUGAUUCCCGCCACAAGCGCUCUGCCUCUGGCGCCAAGAGAGCUUAUUACCGGAAGAAGCGCGCUUUCGAAGCCGGCCGACAAGACUCCAACACCCGUAUCGGACCUAAGAGAAUCCAUCUCGUCCGUACCCGUGGUGGCAACCGAAAGUUCCGUGCCCUUCGUCUCGAAUCCGGUAACUUCUCUUGGGCCUCUGAGGGUAUUGCCCGCAAGGUCCGUGUGAUCGUUGUCGCCUACCACCCCUCCAACAACGAGCUGGUCCGAACCAACACCCUCACCAAAUCCGCCGUCGUCCAGGUCGAUGCCACCCCCUUCAGACAAUGGUACGAGGCACACUACGGUCAGGCAUUGGGCCGCAGACGUCAACAGAAGGCUGGACAGGAAGCCACUGAGCCGGAGAAGAAGAGCAAGAGUGUAGAGAAGAAGCAGGCCGCACGCCUCGCUGCCCAGGGCAAGGUCGAGCCAGCUCUGGAGAGACAGUUCGAGGCCGGUCGUCUUUACGCCGUCAUCUCAUCCAGACCCGGACAGAGUGGACGUGUUGAUGGCUACAUCUUGGAGGGAGAGGAGUUGGCUUUCUACCAACGCCAACUCCGCAAGUAGAUGGUUUUCUAAGGGCUUGGUCUGGGCGUGUACUUCUGGGGAG